AUAUCACUCAAACCAAUCACGAAAACUGGUGCAAAAAUAAGGUUUGAAAACAAAAAGAAGAGCAAAAGAAGGUUACCAUCCAUUCCCUCUCUAAGUCCAGUUUUCUUUUCGUGGGCCGCAUGGUCUAUGUGUAAAAAAAACAUCUCUUUUCAUUUUCAUGUGAGGGAAAAUUUCGAAAUUUCACAAUCUGGAUAGUUUCAUGUGUUGCUCGGAAUAUGAUCUUCGGCUUUCAUAGGGAUGUGAGAUUUCAAAUGUUUAUGUUUCUGCAUGAUUCGUUUUUGAUGCAGAUGAGUACCAACGAUAACAAUGGAAACGAUGGCGAAAAGCGUACCCCAAAAUUGAACGAGAGGAUCCUUUCAUCGCUGUCCAAGAGAACCGUUGCGGCUCACCCGUGGCAUGAUCUAGAGAUCGGCCCUGAAGCGCCCAAGGUUUUCAACGUGGUUGUUGAGAUCACUAAGGGAAGCAAGGUCAAAUACGAAUUGGACAAAAAGACGGGAAUGAUUAAGGUUGAUCGUAUUUUGUACUCGUCCGUGGUUUAUCCUCACAACUAUGGAUUCAUUCCUCGAACAUUAUGCGAAGACAAUGAUCCUUUGGAUGUUUUGGUUCUCAUGCAGGAGCCUGUUCUCCCAGGCUGCUUUUUAAGAGCCAGGGCCAUUGGACUUAUGCCCAUGAUUGACCAGGGUGAGAAAGAUGACAAGAUCAUUGCAGUUUGUGUUGACGAUCCUGAAUAUAAGUAUUACAAUGACAUUAAACAGUUGCCUCCUCACCGUCUUAUGGAGAUCCGUCGUUUCUUUGAAGAUUAUAAGAAGAAUGAGAACAAGGAAGUUGCAGUAAAUGAGUUCUUGCCUUCGGACUCUGCUACUGAAGCCAUCCAGUACUCGAUGGAUCUUUAUGCUGAGUACAUUAUGCAAACACUUGGACGAUGAGGAAGAAGAGGCAAAGGAGGACAUGUUCCUUAAGUUGGUCCCUUGUUUGGCCAUCUCUCAAGAUAUACUAUACAAUAAGCCGUUUAUAGGUUGCUUUUUGAGUUACGUUUUAUCACUACGUAUUGAAGAUUUGAUUCUGCAUUUCAAGAGUUAAGCAGCGUUGCGAAGUGCAACUUUUUAUUUAUUUAUUUUUCUUUUGGAUCAUUUCGCCCACUCUAUAUAUAGAGGGUAUACAUAUAUGUAUAAUAUAAAUGGAUCGAUGAUUUGAGUUUUUAUUUUUAUUCUUCAAUGGAAGUUUGUCUUAAUUUCUAGUUAUUUGAUGUUUAAACGGAGGUAGAGUGAGAGCGAGAGCGAAAAUGUCAGAAUGUUUAAUUUCUAGUUAUUUAAUUUUCAAAACGUAAGUAGACAUCCUAAUUUUACUAUUAUCAUUCUAAAUAAAAACAUAAUAUUAUUAAAUUGUCCUUCAUUGAUCAAUCCAAUUCGAGUGUAGAUCGUGUCUUGAAUUUUUUUUCCUGAACAGAUUGUAUCUUCAAAUCGGCCUACUAUGGUUACAAAAUGUCGAGCCCAAUAUUUAAGGACACUUCUCAGUUAGAUAUCUAGGCCUUCCUUUAGUAGUUGGACGACUAUCAUCAGCAGACUGUGCAGUCCUUAUUGACAGGAUUACCAGAAGAAUUAAGGUUUUGGAGUUUAUGCUAGACGGAAAUGGACAACUUGAACACAGUGUUAUAGGACUAGACCAGUCUGGUUUCAAAACUCUAAUUAGUGUACAAGUGUAUUAGCGUACGUAGCAGUUAUAGUCAAGAGUGAUAAUUGAUGAAGGUUGAUCUUUAGUUUGUACCAAGUUGUAUUGAUGUAUUGAGCUGUACUGAUCGUAUUUUGAUGAAAUGAAAACCACUUAUUUUAUUCAUAAAAUAUAUACAUUUAAGGACACUCAUUACCAUUUCAAACAUGACGCUAUAACAUAACAAGGGCAAAGGUGGUUGGCUCCGCCUAUGAUUAAGUUGUGGCUGAGGUGUUCAGUUAUAAAAACGGCUGCAGUUUUAGGCCAAGAAGGCAUGGAGGAAAUUGACAAAUUAACCCAUUCGAAGUAUGCGGAGUAAGCAGCACGGGCUGAGGUGGCAAAACGUUUUAUUGGACUAUAUUGUAUAGUUGGUGAACUUGGAGUAUUGUUUGGUUAUUUUCACCUUAUACCUAGUUGUCUGUUGAUGGUAUAAGUAGUUAGACGUAAACCUUCUUGUUGUAACUCUCGGCUAAACCUCAUAUUAGCCGCACAUAGUGAACCCUAAUUUGAGAGCUUUGUCUCUCUGUGGACUAGUCCCGAUCUUCGGGGAAACCACGUAAAAUCUCCGUCUUCUCUACUUUCCACAUAUUUUACAUGGUAUCAGAGCCUAGAACCGAAAGGUCAUGGUUUCGAAUCCUCAUAACGACCCCCAUUUCAUGCCAAUUCGUUUAGCACAAGGAAUGGUAUGUCCAACCUGUGCAAACUAAAGCCUCGUGGUUUGGCAGCACAAAGGUUCAACCUGUGCAGCCCGUAAAAAAUCCACAAUUCGGCA